AUGACGUCUCCCUUUGUUGAGCCUCUCCCCAAAAAGAAGAGAAGGAAAGGUCCUGAUGAAGAGAUCACAAAAAAUGUUGUUGUUUUGAGAAGUAAUCAAGUUUGCGAAAUGGAUGGUGUUGUGUUGAUGCCCAAAACUACUCUCGACAUGUCCAGCAUAAAGAAAUCAGGACAGUCAAAGAAAGUAACGUUUACAAAAAGCACUUCAUCAAGAGAUAUGCAAAGAAAACUGGAGGAGAAGUUUCCUUUCCUCGAGGAAGCCAAUGAAAGAUUUUACUGUGCAAAAGCAGUGGAAAAUAGAUCAAAAUUGGAUUUUUGUGGUGAUCGUUGUGUAUGGAGUGGGGCAUUCAUCAAUAAAAACAUUACAGGGAACUCAGCACUUUACAUCUAUUGUGAGGAAGAGAAAGAGGGAGAUUCUGGCCAUUACUCUUCAGACUCUGACCUGUCAGUUGCUCCUGUGUAUGGAAAUUGCCUUGUUACUGCAGCAUCCCAGGGCUGUAAAAGGUUCCAAAGUGAACCUUGUUCUGCUGCUGAAGGUCUUCAUGUGACUGACAAAGAGACAUUGAGAGCAGUAGAAAGUCAGAAGUGUGGAACAGUUAUAGAAAGUGAUAGAAAUUAUACAUUUUGUAGUCAGCUGGAAGAUGUCAAAAUUGGUUCAGCUCCCCUAGCAAUACAGCCUCAGGAUGUAAAAACCUGCUCAACAACACAAGUCACUGAAAAUGAGGCCAGUGUUUGUGCUGUGACUGUGGAAAGGGAACAGCACCAGUGUUCAGUGUUGAUAGCUCCAGAGGCUGAGAAAGAGCAAAUACAAGACUUUGGCCAGCUCUCCACAGACUUGAUGCAGUCAGGAGAACAUUUUAUACUUUCACCAGUAUGUUCUAACAGAAGUGAUGUUACAAAAAUAGUUCCAAUGACAUUGCCACCAGCACUGCAACCAACCCUUCCAACAGGUGAUUUACCAGAGCAGAUAAAUUCUUCCACCCUUGCAUCUCAUUUGAAAAGUUUACAAAUCUCUAGUAGAGAUACAGAGAUCCAGAAGUCAUAUGAUCAGGCUUCAACAGAGACAUUCACAGCAAAAGGGAGUCAAAGUGCUCAACAGCUAAGGCAGCCUCAGUAUCCAAAAACUCAAGUUCCUGCUAAUGAAGCCAGCUUAUCUGCUCUGACUAAAGACAACCAGCAAAACACAUCUGGGACUAUUGGGGCUUUUGAUGAUCAGAUCAUUGAACUGUUAGCUUCUUUUGAGUGUGAGGCAAAUUCUUCUGCUCAAAAUUUAAUGGAUGUUGCAAGGAGAGAAGAGUGGUUGAAGCAAUAUGAUUAUGAGGUUGUCAUAAAUCCAAAAGAGAGUCCUCUGCAGGGAGGAGCCCCCUGUAUUUUCACCUUCAAACCUGAGCUGCCAUCAGAUGUUGAUGUCAAAGCUUCCUUUGGUAAUAUAGAACCAAUUAUACUAGUGAAGACAAUACUUGGCUACAUUUGUAAAAUUCCAGGUUUGUAA